AUGGCUCAAUCCAGAGCACCCGCGCUUGAGCCUGCAGCGGGUUUCUCGCUGGAGUCGAAAACCGAGCGGCCUGAUCGCGUGCCGCUUGCAAAGGGUGAAUUCUCCGUCGCAUCCAGAGCGUUGGCUCUGUCGACCUAUUUCCUGUCGGGAGCUUUGGCUAUCAAUAUCUCUCAAUUCCUGGGAGCUCCGUUGCGAGCGAUCAACGAGGACUGGUACAAUGCAUGGAUCGCUUUCACCAAGCAGUCCUUCGGGCUGCUCACCAUGACCCUGACCCAGACAUUCGCGCCCACAAAGGUUAUCGUCUCCGGCGACAAAACGGUGCGAGGACAGCUCUUGAAGUCCACCGAUGGAGAUCUGAUUUUGGAUUUCCCCGAACGGCUUGUUCUCAUUGCGAACCACCAAAUCUAUACCGAUUGGCUUUACCUGUGGUGGAUAGCCUACUGCAAUGGUAUGCAUGGCCGCCUCUAUAUUAUUCUGAAGGAGUCGCUUCGGAAGAUUCCUGUUUUCGGAUGGGGCAUGCAGUUGUAUCAAUUCAUCUUCUUGAAGCGCAAUUGGGAACAGGACAAGCCGAAUAUGGCGAGCGCCCUGCAAAGACUCAACAAGCCGACAGAUCCAAUGUGGCUUCUCCUCUUUCCAGAAGGGACCAACCUUGCUCGCAGCACACGCGAACGAAGCGCUGCCUGGGCAAAGAAGAACAACAUCCCAGACACCAGACACGUGCUUCUACCUCGGAGCACCGGCCUGCAAUUCUGUCUCGGGGAAUUGAAGGACACUGUAGACUACCUGUACGACUGUACUGUAGUCUACGAAGGUGUACCUCGUGGCCAGUACGCACAAGACAUCUUCACUUUGAGAGCGGGCUAUUUGGAAGGCCGACCUCCGAAAUCCGUCAGCAUGCAUUGGCGUCGGUUCGCCGUCAAAGACAUCCCAAUCCACAACGAUAGAGCAUUUGACCUCUGGCUCAGAGCUCGCUGGCGGGAAAAGGACGUCAUGAUUGAAGAGUACUACCAGACCGGCAAACUCCCAGCUGACUAUGGCGCCACGAAAUACAAAUCGGGCAAAGUCCUUCGGGGAUGCGGACACAUGGAGGUCCCUAUUCGUGCAAGUCAUUGGUACGAAUUUCUCCAGAUUUUUGCACCGAUGGGGAUUCUGGCAAUGAUACUGUACAUCUUCUACGGCGACCUCCCGAAGCGGUUUUGGAAGAGCAUUAACAAACAAGCCCUUCAAGCAGGAACAGAAGACAUCAAAAAUGCCGGUAUACAAGCUGGCAAGGGGAUCCAAUCUGCAUCUUCUGCCUUGGGUGACUUGACAUUGGACUCAUUCUUUGAACCAGGUAAGCAGGAGGAGACGUUCGCAGCUGGUGCAGUGGCUGUACAAAAGCUCCUGAACUCGCCCCAAGCACAAACUCUCCUCAACAGAGCCGACUUCAUCCACGCAUUCUUGUCCGACCCACAGAAGAUGGUGCAGGACACCAUCACAGACAAACAGCAGAAUUUCAUGCAACAAUUGGCCCAAGAAGAAGCCAAGACGCAACAAGGAAGACAGGUUCCUUCUCCUAUGAGUCCGCUGAAACCUGUCACCAAUACCACGGCCAAAGGCGAUUUCUGGAACCAGAUUGAAGCAGAAGAAAAAAGCAGACAUGGUUCCGUCAUCUCAGCCGCCCCGGAAAAGGGUACAUUCUGGAAUGAUUUGGAGUCCGAAGAGAGAAGCAGACGUGGGUCUGUUAUAUCCGUUCCGACAGCAUCCAGUUCCAGACAAUCAAAGGGCACAUUCUGGCAGGAUCUGAAGGCUGCAGAGGAGAACAAGGCAAAAAAUACCCUGCCCACGACGAAGAAGCUGCCCCUGACACAGAGCGGAGGCAGGAAUUUUGUUCCUCCGAAGGCAAAUUUCUGGGAUGCAAUGAAAGCAGAGGAGAAUAGUCGGUAUGGGACAGUGACGACGCUGUCCAGCAAUGCGUCCACAGCUGUUGCGUCUACGAAUUCGACACCGUUGAAGACAUUAACAGAUUCGCGCUUGAAGCCUGGGUUGGCGAAAGCUCCAGCAAAGGACCAGCCAAUUCCAGGUAAGAAACUGCCUUCGGCGAACCAAGCGCUAAAGACAACGAAUGGGCAGAAGACAAGUCCGACCACGACACCUGUAAGAAAGUGA